AUGCACAGCCAACAAACUGGUAGUAAACCAGUUCAGAUUUCAUCACUGGUGUGGAGCCCUUUUGCUUGCAGGGCAACCUUUUCAGGGAAGAGAAAAUCCACAGCAUUCCGUAGACUGAUCCCUAUGGAAACAUCUUCAUCAUCUGAUGAUAGCUGUGACCGUUUUGGCCCCGAUAAUUUUGCAAACACAAUAGCCAGAAAAUUGGAUUCAGAGUCAGAAUCUGAUCAAGGAAGAGGCCUCAAAUUCUUGGACAGAAGAACUUUAAAUAUAAAAGAAAACAUCACAAUAGACUCAAGAUUCUAA